UCUUUUCUUCUUCUUCUUCUUCUUCCUUACAUCGUUUAGAAUAAACACAAAAAAGUUUUUCUACGAGUAGCAUACAGAUCACGAGCCUGGAUUGUGGCUUGAUUCUCCAUGCGCUGAAUCGCCUACUUCCGGCUAUUGCUUCUAUACCGUGCCGUCGAUUAACCCUUCUCCGUUCAAGCUUCGACUCGCAGCGAUAUUUGUGCUGGGAUAAUUAGACAAAAUGACGUCAUCUGCUUCUACAGCUACUCCCGUCAAGCAUGCCUUUGACCGGCGUGUUCAAGAUGUCAAGUCUCCCAAAAGUGAUAUCAACGCUCUGAUACUGGACUAUCUUACUAUGGAAGGGUAUCCGAAUGCGGCAGCAAACUUUUCUAAGGAAGCCAAUCUCGAACCUCACCAGGACACACAGUACAUUAUCGCGAGGCAGGAAAUCCAGAACUGCAUCCAUAGUGGAGAUAUCAAGACGGCAAUAACGACACUCAAUGAGUUUGAUCCACAGAUUCUAGAUGGAGAUAAGGCACUUCACUUCACCUUGCUACGACUUCAACUCAUUGAACUCAUACGCGCUUGUAAUGCGAGUGGUGAUAUUCAACCUGCCCUCACGUUCGCUACUGAGGAACUGGGCCCCAAAGCACCCACGAACCCUAAGUUUCUAGAAGACUUGGAGAGGACCAUGGCACUGCUCUUAAUUCCAUCAGACGCGCGCGAGCCCCAAUUAGCAGCUUUGCUAGAGCCAGAGUUGCGACGAGAAGUUGCAGACAGCGUAAACCGGGCGAUCCUUGAAAGGCAAUCCCGAAGACGUGAAGCAGCUAUACGUCAGCUCGUCAGAAUGCGUGUCUGGGCUGAAAAUACUGCCCGAGACAAGCGUAAAAACCUACCUGACCGACUGGAUAUUGGCUUGAACGGAGAAGAACCCGACAGCCCUAGACCUCACAUCGGAAACGGCCAUGACCCCAUGAUUACAACGUGACAUUGAUACCCGACCUGGAGGCAUGUUCAAAGAGUAGUAUUUUUGAUUGUGUGGCGCUGUUCUUCGUCCAACUAGCGCUCGGCGUUUGGGAUAAUAUUCACAUUCUUAUGGUAAGGAUUAAGACUAAGACAAAGGGUGUCUGUAAGGCGUUCUGAAGAGGCUGUCAUAUAUAGGCUGUGGACCUCGACAGCGUUCUAGAGGCAAGGUCAAUUAUUUAUUCAUCACAUACGGCAUUUCACGCGUGACAUUGCCUA